AUGAGGCUUGUUUGGGUGCCUAGGCCCGUGUUUCUGUUGUUCCUAGCCAUUGUUCUCGUCCUAAUCUUUUUAUUUCAGUCGAUUUCACAACAAAACAAUCUUCAGUUCUCAUCGAAUCCUCUUUUUGUGUUUUCGAUUUGUAACAUCAUAAUUGUUGCCAUCAUUAUUGGUGAUCAUCGACCAUCUGGUGUGGAAGUUGACAGCAUCUUACCAUUCCUAUCCGGUUCAGCAGAAGAUGCAACUUACUAUAGUAAGGAUGAUGGUAGCAGCAAGCAGUACUGUAAUAUAGCUGGUCUUGUUAAUAGCAGUGAGAAUGUUGACAAUGAUGUUGAUGAAAGUGAAGAAAAUACAAAUUAUGAUUCUGAUGGUUACGAUGAAGAUGACGACGACAAUGGUAGCAGCGAUGAAAUUGGUUGGGGGAACACAGAUGAAUCUGAUGAUAACUUGGAGACGAGAGUCGAAGACUUCAUCAACAGGGUUUACAAGGGAUGGCAGGAAGAGAGGUUAAGGGAUAGUCUGUACAGUCCCCUGCAAUUUUUUGGUUACACCAAUCCCUUAUAAUAUUUAUAGUAAAACAGGACCUUCAAAUUUUCUCCACACGGUAGAUUAGAUAUGUAGAGCAAAUUAGCUUGUUUCUUUAAACCAAAUUAUCUCUGUAAAAGACCAAAACAAAAGUUUCUGCCUCUUAAAGUCUCCUUUCAACGAGAAUAG